UAGUAGGAGUGUAGUGGAUUGGUUCGAUCUCUCAGUAGAAGUGCAAUCGAUGCUCAAACCCCCUUUGUUCUGUUUUCCAUAUAAUUAUUUCACUCCGUGUUUUUCACUUGAUCCAUGGAGGUUAAUUUCAAAGAAUUGAAAAGGAAAGACCUGCAAAGGCUCUGCAAGAAGCAUGGACUGCGUGCUAAUGCUACGAAUUCUCAAAUGGCGGAUAGUCUUGUUUCCUAUUUCAAGAUCUAUGAGAAGAAUGAACAAGUGAAAGUUCACUCGAAAGGUCUUAGUGGAAGCAGGAACAGCAAAGUGGAAAGAGUGGAAGGGGACGUAGAAAAGGUUAUCAUUGUUAUAGAUGAUGAUGAGGAUGAACUUGGUUCUGUUCUACAAAGCGCAAAUAGGAAAUCUUCACCAAAGAGUCGAUGUUCAAGUGAGAAGGACGAACAAAUUGAAGCUCGCUUGGAUGAUUCGAGCGAACGCGGUAACAGCAAAGGGACAGGCAUGAAAUGGCAUGAAGAAAAUGCUAUAAUCCUUUUAGAUGAAGAGGAUGACAAACCUUGUGAUGUUACAAAAAGCGCAGAUGGGAAAAAGAGUAGAAGGUCAAUUGGAAGGCUUGGCAAGGCAUGUGAAGCUAAUAGAAGUAAUGAAGAAAACCAGGCUGUUGGUGUUCUUAGAAAACCUAAGGAAGGCCUUUUGGUUCCAGUUAGAACCACAAGGUCCCGUUCGACGAAUUCUGCAGUCGCGCAAGCUCCAGUUGUUGAGAAGGCGAAAGCGAGAAAAGAGAGGCUAAUAGCUGGACAAAAUGCCGAACUGCCUUUAAGCACUAACGAGGGCGAAGAUAAUGAAAUUGGAAAAGUGAAAGAAAAUCCGAGUUUAAUGAUGGCAGUUGGAGAUGCCAGAGUUACAAGAAAACGGAAUAGCAGGAAUUCCUCUAUGAAAGUCGAUGAUGAAAUCAUGGCCUCUUUACCCAUCGAAGUUUCGGUUACUGAGAAUUUUGUGGGUGAUGUGGUUUAUAAAAAACAUGUAAAUACAGGAAUGGGAUCUGCCAUCACUUUCUCUAUUGAUGGAGAGCAAGCAACACAGGGUACUACAACACGAAAUGAGCAAGAGAUUGAAGAACAUGAACUGUCUACUUCUAGCAACUUGAUGGAAGUAGUUGCUGGAAGUGUUCAAACCAAGAGGGGGAAAAAAAGAACUAGAGCAGGCUUGGAAGAAGACAGCCCUGUCAUGGAAAAAGAGAUUGAUCAGCUUGGAAAUGCCCAUCAUUCGGAAUUAUCAUAUAAAGAUGAAAUGUUGGAAUCAGAAGCAUGCUUUGCUUUAUUACAAACAUUUGGAAGUCCAUCAUCAUUCAACCUUGCUUCAUCCAGGCCGUGUUCGUUGUUAUCAGAAUUACAAGGCGGGGAAGCUGCAAUAACUCGGACUAUGAAGGUCGAGACUGAUUCAUCAGAUAUGCGCAACAAACUAGAGCUGCAGGAGCUCAUAGUUUCCAGGAAUUUGGAAGCCACCAGGAAUACACUGGCAGAAGAAAAAAUUGAUUCAUGCCAAGUAUUUGAAGUGGAACAAGGAUCAGAAGUCUCACAAAGUUCAAGAGAAGAGAUAAUUGAUCCACAGAACCUAAUUGUUUCACAUAUUACUGAUGUUUCUACAAUAGUUUGUAAUCAUCUUGCCUGCUCGGAGUUUGAUGCAAUGGAUGCUGAAGGUAUCAAAGAAAGAGAUAUUAGUGAAAAUCGUUCUGCCAGCCCUAAUCGAAAGAUGCUCAGCGACUGCAAGGCUCUUCUAAACGCUGAGGAGAUGGAAGAUGUCAAAUUCCUCAAAACAAAGCCAAGUCAUGGAGAACCCAUAGAAACUGAGGAUGAUAAAGUUAAAGAAAAUGGAAGCAAUUUAUAUCCCAAUGGAAGUGAUGAAAAGAAAAAUACGACUAACUUUAUAGAAUUCGAGAGUUUUAAAAAAUUCUCUGACAGCCCAAGAUUAGCUGAGAGUAAUUCUGGACAGUUUUUUGCACCUUUUGAAUCUGUAGUUUUUCGAGAAGAACAUCAGAUCAAAGGUGGAGGAACUUUUAAAUUGGAAGGCAAUGUUCAGAUAACUCAAGCUAAGUUGAAGCAUGAUGGAGAAAAAUUACGGGGUUCUGAAAAACGCCAAGCAACUGGUUAUGAUGAAGACAUAAAGGGCAAAAAUUUUGCAGUUAGUCCUCCAGCAAAAGUGGAAGAAAUUGCACCAUUUGGAUUAAGUAAACGUGUUGAUAAUUUAAUGGAGAAAUUGUUCUGUCUGAAGAAAGUCCUCCGAGGAGAAAUUGCUCCACUUAUAACAGGUUAG